AUGACCAGCCCGGAUCUCUUUGUGUUGGAAUGGAGAGACCAAGAAGAUCGUGCUGUCGCGCAAUACAAUGAGGUGAACAAACGCCGCAAAUUAGAGCAGGAGAACCUGGCGCUCAAAACCCUGCUGCGCGAGCACGGUAUCUGUUGGUCGCCCAAACUGAAGCACCGCCCCGAGUUUUUCGAUGGAAAAUUCGACCACCGCUUCUCGUCUGAUGGUCACAAGGUCCGUACACGUGUCACACGUGCUCAGACUGCCGCCCAAAAGGCUGUGCAAGAGGCUGCUGAGAACGGCCUCAAGCUCCCGAUGGAGAUUCUUUUAAUGAUCACCGAGUACGCCAUGGUAGGCAACAAUCCGAUCAUCGACCCUUUGUCGAAGCCAUCGCGGCAAAAUCUCACCAAGGCCGAGUCCAAAAAGGGCAACGAGGUUGCAUAUGGUCUUUUGGGCGUGAACAGAGCCAUCAGAGGAGAGGCUUCUAGGAUUAUGUGGUCCAAGAACACAUUGACCUUCACCACCAUUGAUGCCCUGUAUAACAUGAUCCAACUUCCUCUGGCCGUCCGUUCUGAUAUCAAAAACAUCAAUCUUCGAGUCAUUGCUCGUUACUACCACGAGAAAGACGACACCGUUACCCUCAAAAAGAGCAGGUAUCCGAACCUUCCUCGCACUAUUGAGUUACCCAUCAACAAGCGGCCCAGAUCACACAGGGCCGCCCACGGAGGCUUUCGCAGCUACUCGUGGCUUCAGAUUUCUGAUUUUCUGCAAGCACUGCUGCCUCCUUAUGAUCCGGAGCAUUCCAAGGAUAACAAGCAACCAAAGAGACAAGCCCUUCUUUUCCCGAAUCUGGACACCAUGAGAAUCGACUUGAUCAAUUUCGCCCAAGACCUUCUCCGCUACGUCCCAGGCAACUGCAUCCACGAUAUCGCGGCCCACGAGCUUGUAAGCGUGUUAAGCGAGCUCACAGUCACGGGUUUACCUUGCUGUCAACUCGGAAUCAAGGUUGGAAUGGAUCUUUCCCAGAUGCUCCGCGACAAUGGUCUCUUUCUCGAUGCUUCUAGCGCAUAUAUCAUGCCGCGGGGAAAGCGGGUCACGCCCGUCGGUGGCAAGAUCCCCAUGUCGUCCAGAGUUAUUCGUCCCCGGAUUCUGAUGGAAAUGACCGAUGAGGAUAAGGAGACCUUUGACAUAACCGAAGAGGGCAACAUUCACUACAUGCCCAACAUCUACGGCAGUCACCCCCACCCACACUCCUUGGGCUACAACCCUGACCCGGUGCCUCUGACUCUCAAGGGGCCGUACUCUUGCGAGUAUGAUCAGAUUUGGAAGAGAGUUCCAAAGACACUCGGUUCAGAGGAGCGGGAAUGGGUAUCGUUCGAGAGUGAUCUUGGACUGAAUGAGGAUGAUGUGAUCUGGGAUAGAAUCUCAGAUUUGGAUCUCGACUCAGAAGACGAUCUUUCCGACUACCACUCCUUUUUAGAUCCAGAGGACAAGCGUGCCGCGUGCCGCAAGUGCAACAAAGUUCACUGGGAUCCCUAUGAUUCGGAGUGA